CGACGAGUUGCUCGGAAAAGUCGGUCCACUGAUUGCAAAGGCAGACACCCGUAUGCGUUUGUCAAUCGGACCCGCCGAGCGACUCGCCAUCUGCCUACGGUACCUGGCAACCGGUGACUCGUACAGGACCAUAGCAUUCAGCUAUCGGGUCGGGCAUGCAACAGUGGCUGUCAUCGUCAAGGAGGUUGCGGGUGCCAUCUGGACCGCGCUGGUCGAGGAGACCAUGCCGGUACCACAGACGGAGGACUGGAGAGCCAUCGCUGCUGGGUUCCAGGAGCGCUGGAACUUUCCAAAUUGCGUUGGUGCCAUUGAUGGGAAGCACGUGGUGAUCCAGGCUCCGGCAAAUUCUGGGUCCCUGUACUUCAACUACAAGUGCACCCACUCCUUGGUACUACUGGCUGUAGUGGAUGCCCAGUACCUCUUCAGGGUAGUGGAUGUCGGAGGUUUUGGAAGGAGCAGCGACGGUGGGAGCCUGCGGAAUUCCGCUUUUGGAGAGAGCCUCAGAGAUGGCAGUCUGCAGCUACCACCUGACACCGUCAUCCCAGGAGCAGAGCGGCUGGGCCUUCUUCCCCAUGUGUUUGUUGGAGAUGAGGCUUUUCCGCUGCUGGACAACCUGCUGUGUCCGUUCCCUGGACGUCAGCUCACGCGUGAAAGGAGGCUGUUCAACUACCGCCUCAGCCGGGCCAGGAAGACAAUAGGAAGGUCAUCACGCACACCUGUCGUCCCUGUCGUCGCAGAGUCGAGUGAUGAAGCUCCAACUCUGCGCGAUGCACCUAUGAUGGGCUCAAACAACGCCACACACCAAUCCAGCCAACUGCGGGAGACCUUCUGCUCCUAUUUGAAUGAGGAGGGUGUAGUGUCAUGGCAGCAUAAAGUGGUGUAG